AUGUUAAGUGCAUGCAACCUUAGAUUCCGCGGACAUGAGGGGUUUCUGCCAUUGAUCAAUAGCAAUCACACGCGUGCACUGAAUGACAGUUCAAUGAAAAGAGAGAGUGAGAAGGGUGAAGGCAAUGUGGGUGUACCACAAGACAAGCAUUUGGUGGAAACCACCAGUCAAGCUCUUGAUCACCCGGUUAAGGGGGUGUCAAAUGGCUAUACAUUGACCAAGGAGAAUGAGGAGCUACGGGCUGCAGUUGCCAGGCAGACGCGAAAGCGUGACGAAGACAUGGUCAAGAAGGUAUUUCUAGCAGGGAAAGGAUUAGCUAGAGUUCAAGCCGCUCAACACGGCAUGGAGGGCCUGAGGGGGCGGAUGAACCGCCAACCUGCAGCAAAUGUAAUAUAG